GCGGCGGGGCGGAAAACAGAUGCGCGGUGGGAUCGGAGCGGACGGUGAGCGGCAGGGACGGCUCAUAUGGACUCGGUACCGGCACCGGGAUCCAGCUCAGAUAAAGGCUCAGCCAUGCUUCAUGGGGAGGACAGCUGUCCGGCAGUAGAAGAGGGUGGUGAGGAGGACCAGCACCGGCCUCUUAUCCUGGAAAGAAUUGAGAAGGAAACGGGAAGAACCUGGAGAACGGUUUUGUCUCAGCGGCUCAGGAAGCACUGCUCCUGCACGCCAGAGAAGGCCAAAUCCAGAAUCCUCAGCUUCUUCCCGGUUCUCCAGUGGCUGCCGUGCUACAAGCUCAGGGACUGGAUCCUGGGGGAUGUUAUGUCAGGAGUGAUUGUUGGAAUCCUAUUGGUUCCCCAGUCCAUAGCCUACUCCUUAUUGGCCAACCAGGAUCCGAUAUACGGCCUGUACACGUCUUUCUUCGCUUCCAUCAUCUACGCCCUCCUGGGCACUUCCAGGCACAUCUCGGUGGGGAUUUUCGGAGUGCUCUGUCUGCUCAUUGGCCAGGUGGUGGACAGGGAGUUGGCCCUGGCGGGAUACCUCCCAGAGAGCAGCCUGAGUGGAAAUGACAGCAGUGUCCCGUUGGCUGGGAAUGACAGUGGCGUGGUGGGAUGUGACCGGAGCUGCUACGCGAUUGCCGUGGGGGCCACAGUUACCUUUACUGCUGGGAUUUACCAGGUGCUAAUGGGCCUUCUGCAGGUGGGCUUUGUGUCUGUCUACCUGUCGGACUCCCUCCUCAGCGGCUUUGCUACAGGAGCCUCCUUGACCAUCCUGACGUCUCAGGUCAAGUACAUGCUGGGCCUGAAGAUCCCCCGUCCUCAGGGCUGGUUCACUCUGUUUAAGACGUGGUACGGCCUGCUGAGCAACCUCUGGAACACCAACGUGUGUGACCUCAUCACCAGUCUGGUGUGUUUGGCAGUACUCAUACCUAUGAAGGAGCUCAAUGACCGCUUCAAGUCCAAGCUGAAGGCUCCGAUCCCAUUCGAGCUCUUUGUGGUGAUAAUUGCCACCCUCGCAUCUCACUUUGGCCAUUUCAACACCGAAUACGGGUCGGGCGUGGCUGGGGCCAUCCCCACAGGCUUCCUCCCUCCUCAAAUGCCCAUGUGGUCUCUGAUCCCCAAUGUGGCCGUUGACGCCUUCUCCAUUGCCAUUGUGGGAUUCGCCAUCACCAUCUCACUGUCGGAGAUGUUCGCCAAGAAGCACGGCUACACGGUGGAUGCCAACCAGGAGAUGUAUGCCAUCGGGUUCUGCAAUAUCCUGCCAUCGUUCUUCCACUGCUUCACCACCAGCGCCGCGCUGACCAAAACCCUCGUCAAGGAGUCGACCGGGUGCCAGACGCAGCUGUCAGGGCUGAUCAGCGCUCUCCUCCUGCUGCUGGUGCUUCUGGUGAUCGCGCCGCUCUUCUAUUCCCUCCAGAAGUGUGUUCUUGCUGCCAUCAUCGUGGUGAACCUCCGUGGUGCUCUUCGAAAGUUCACCGACAUUCCCUGCAUGUGGCGUGCCAACCGCAUUGACGCCUUCAUCUGGCUGAUCACCAUGGCAACCUCAGCGCUGGUCAACACGGAGCUGGGGCUUCUUGUGGGGGUUUUGGUGUCGGCUUUCUGCGUCUUGGGCAGAACUCAGCGGGUCCAGGUCCUGGAGCUCGGCCGGGCUAUGACCAGGGAGCAUUACGAAGAUCUGGCGUCCUACAAAGGCCUCCAAACGCACCCCGACGUGGCCAUCUUUAGAUAUGAAGCGCCAAUCUACUACGCCAACCAGAGCCUGUUUAAAAAGUCUCUGUACAGGUGUGUAGGACUUGACCCUGUGAAGGAGAAGAGCCGCCGUGUCAAGUUCCAGAACAGCAAACCGCAGGAAGAGGCUGCCGGAAUCCCAACUAGCAAAAUGGACGAGAAGGAGGCCGAAGCUCCUGCAGCCGUCACCCUGAUGAUGGACACAGCCUCCCGUUACUUACGCAGGAUAGUGAUCGACUGCAGCGCCGUCUUGUUCCUGGACACUGCCGGAGUGAAUGCUCUAAAGGAGGUCCGCAAGGAUUACGGAGAGCUGGGGGUGGCGGUGGAGUUGGCUCAGUGUAAGACCUCCGUGCUGGACACGCUGGAACGAGGAGGAUACUACCGCAACCAAAAAGGAGGCGACGCAGGAGAGAACCACACGAUCUUUUUCACUAUCGAAGACGCCAUCCGCCACGUCGAAAGCCGCAGCACUCCUAACGGAGACUAUGAUAAGUCCUAAAGAGACAACACGUCUAUGUUUACAUGUCUGCAGCGUGUGGCUGCACAGAUGUGCCUUUGUAACAUUUUUCUGAAGUCCUUCACCUCAGGUUUCUGCAUCCAGACAGGUGAUGAAUCACCACAGUGUGAACGUCCAUGUACAGAUAACUCACCUGUGGACUGUAUAAGAAGAACCAGCCACCCACGAGGAAGGAAUACCCAGACCCUACCUGACAGCUCGAGUCUGUGUCUAAGGCAGACUCAGCAAGUUUACAUCUGCAUAGUACAAGUGCUGCACAGUGUAAAAUACGUGUUUCAUAAUGCACAGUACUGCACAGUGAGUACAAGUACUGCACAGUGUGAAGUGUUUCCAACUGCACAGUACAAGUACUACACAGUGUGUAAAAGUCCUGAACAGUGUGAAAUAUGUUUCAUAAUGCACAGUACAAGUACUGCACUCUGUGUACAAGUACUGUACAGUGUGAAAUAUGUUUCAUAAUGCACAGUACUUCACAGUGUGUACAGCACAAUAUGAUAUGUGUUUUAUACUGCAGAGUACAAGUACUGUACAGUGUGACACUGGUCAUGCCCUAGUGUUGUUUAUAGAAACGAGAGCCGUAUUCUGACUUAAUUUUUAGAUACUGAGUCGGAACGAUGCACGUGCACAUGUUCAGGAUGACGACUGGGGUUAGGAUUUAAAAUAGGUGUAAAUGAUUUAGUGGGUUUUUUUUUUUUUAUAAGGUCUAAACUGGAUUUUUUUGCCACAAUCAAAAACGAUCAUAAUCGUCUGCUGUUUGGUGUUUGGGUCCAUCAGUCCAAUCAUGACUGAUGCCUCAGGGCAGGAAGUUUAAAACACGUGUAGAAAAAAGCAGCAGCUCUGCUGCUCUGAGGAGAGACAUCGGAGGUAUCUAAAUGCUUUAGAUUUUUAGAUCAGAACCCUGCUGGAUAAAAACAUAGAUUCUUCAUACGUGCUUAAUAAGAAGUAGCCACCCUGUGCCUGAACAUGAAUAUACGUGCAAUGACCCGAGGAAUCAUUUGUCUGUUAGCACUGAUCAAAGGUGCAUGCAUGUGCAUGUGCUUCCAGAUCCUCUGACAGACGAAUAUUCCUCCGGUGAGGAUGAGAGACUUCCUGUUUAACUGUUAGCCGCAGUCAUAUGACCUUGGCCUGUGCCUUCUUUCUGUCAGUCGGGUAAUGAAUAAGGCAACGUUCAAGUUGAAGAAAAACAAAAGUGCAGUGUGAGAUUUCGAGGUCGCUGUGAUGUUGAUUUGUGGGGGUCAGAGAUCAUGGGUUGUGCCUUAGUGAACUUGACCUCUGUGACCCC